AGCAUCAUCGUUGCAUCCACUGCCCACUCGCGGAAGAACUGAACUUCGUACAACACGGUGGUCGACAUCCAUCUAAACCCCAACAGGUAAUCCUCGUUUGUUGUCUUGCUCUCGCUACUGGUUUCACUACCACAACCGUGAACCAAGGGAAUAACGACGGUGUAAUACGUACUGUUGCCAAUCAUGUGUGCCGCGGCGGCCCCCUCCUCCCUCGUCAAGUACGAGACUCCCAUUCUGCUGUCGGAUGCCCAGCAUAAGAAGGCACUGCAGGCGAAGCGCGCUGCCGGGGCCGAGAACAUGAACGGCGGCAAAAAGCGCCAGCAGCAGCAGCCUCAAUCCGAGGACGUCCUCUUCAGCAUUUUACCGCCGCGUGAGUUUGAGAAAAACGGGCAGAGGUGGGUGCAGUACCCCUCGAGCACCCCCGCCACCCGACUCGAUGUGAUCCGUCUGCAGGAGGAGCUAGACACCUUGCUCGUAGAACGGCAGGCCCGCGAAACAGGCGUGUGCCCCAUUCGCGAAGAGCUGUACGGGCAGGUGUUCGAUGAGCUGAUCAGACAGGUGACCAUCAGCUGUGCAGAGCGGGGGCUGCUCCUGCUUCGCGUGCGGGACGAGAUUCGCAUGACGUUGGACGCCUACCGGUCGCUUUACGAAAGCAGCAUUGCUUUUGGGAUGCGCAAGGCCCUGCAUGCGGAACAGUCCCACGUAGAACUCGAGGCGCGUGUGCGUGCGUUGGAGCGCGAAAAGGCGGACCUGCAGCGGCAGGUGGAGGAGUUGGAGGAGGAGUGUGCGCAGAUUGAGAAGAACGACGAGCUGAGGCGGAAGGAGGAGGAGAAGAAGCACGAGGAGGAAGUUGCCUUCUUUCGUCGCACCUAUCAGACCUUGACAGCGAACCUGCAGACGGUGGUGAACCCAACAAAGGCGUAG